AUGUUUACAGCGACCAUGUAUUAUGGGGCAGAUUUAGUGACAAUUUCUAUGUUAGAGGAAUUGAGUUUUCUAGAAGGGAUUAUACUAUAUUAUUAUAAGUUACCUAGGCAUUCAAACUCUCUCACCUUGCAGCAGUAUGAUGAAAAUGUAGUAGAUAUGUGUGCAUUAGAUCCAGAAUUUAAGGAGAUUGAGAUAUAUCUAGAGCAUUUAGACAGUGGAAGUAAAGAAUCCCAAUUCAAUUCUACAAUGGAGAAAAAGUGUAAAAUUCUUAUUGAGGAAAUACAUGAGGAACAUCCCCUGGAAAUUAUACUAAGUAGAAGCAAAACUAGAGUUGACAAUGGGGUUGAGAGUGGCUAUGAGUCUGGGGUUGAGACUGGAAAUGUGACUGAAAAUGAGGAGGCAUUAGUAAGGGAGAGGAGAAGAGUUGGGAAAGGAAAGGCAGUUGUAACAAAACCAUAUGAUUCCUCUAAUCCCUGUAAUGGUUAUCCUUCUGAUUACUAUGGAUUGGUAGAUAUUGGCAUUAGUGCUCAAACAAGACAACGGGGUCCUUCAAAUCCACUCACCACCACCAAUACUUGA